AUGAAGCUUCCCGCCUCGACAUUGCUGCUGUUGCUGGGUGUUUUGCUCGUUUCCGGUGGAGUAAGUUUUGCCGGAGGUUCGGUGCUGCGCAGAACGCUAAGGCAGUUGCUGUGUGAGAGUAAAGAUUUGCUUAAAUUGUGCGCUUCGCGGAAUCACUCCCAGUGGGAUUGCCUACGGAAAGAAAGCCUCGAAAUAGUGGACCAAUUUGCCAACAGUGAAAGAAUUCCGCUCCUUGCAGGAGCUUCUUUGGUGCGAGUUAGCGAUGCAGUUGACACUAUACGAGAGGAUGGCGUGGACGUGUCAUUGAAUGCUGCUAUUAACGGAAGUUUCUUCGUCGGAAGAUAUCUUGACCAAGAGUCGGAAAUCGGGACCAGAAGCAGCCAAACGGCAACGAACCGAACAUGGCAGGAUCACGUUUUGAAGGCAUUGAAUAGAAUGCUUCAAACGCACGUUCUACAAGUGGAUUUGCUUCAGGUGGCCUCCGAAGAAAAUCGUCGAGCUAAAAAAAAGAAAAACUUAUGGUUCUGGCGGAAUCAUGAGAAAUCGGCUGUAGAAGGGCGUCACCGGCGCCAUCGACACCAGAUGAUUCCGAUGAUGAUUUUGGGCGUAACGGUGUUCGGAAUGUUUGUCAUCCCGAUCGGAUUCCAGUUUCUGGCAGCACUCAGCGGAAAGGCUUUCCUGAUGGCGAAACUCGCACUGCUGCUGGCAUCGAUUAACGGACUCAAACGGGUAGCCAGUGCCGGUGUUCACUACGGACUGUACCACACCGUCGAUCCCCACCAUCUGCCACAUUCGCCGGCCGUGUUCUACGACCGCGAGUCCACAUUUGGUCCUCGCAAUUUUCCACCAAUAGAAUAG